CCUGUGAGUACUGUCUCCCUCCUACCCAUUUCUCCCCCUUCUCGGCUUCUUCUGUGUCGGCUUUUUUUAGGGUUUCCUGGUUCACCGUUUCGUGUCACCUAGCUCCCCCUCCACCCUCCACCCUCUUUCCUCCACCACCACCAUCACCUCUACCACCACCUUUCUCUUCAUAAGGCCUUCUUUCAUCUUUUGUUCUUUUUUUCUGCAUUUCUUUUGUUCAUUCUUCUAUUAUUAUCCCAUUGCCAGCGACCAUCGAAUGCUUCUUUCCCGUUAGCGAACCCUCCACGCUUAUUGGAUUCAACCCUCGUAGCAAUCCCCUGCUGAGUGGUCCUUUUAUUGUGCUCUCCCGACUCCCUUCUGAUCGUUGAGAGAGUCAUGGCGAAGACGAAACCGGGGAAGAAGGACUUGGAUUCAUACACCAUUAAGGGGACAAACAAGGUCGUUAGAGCUGGCGACUGCGUCUUGAUGCGGCCGUCGGAUUCGGACAAGCCGCCGUACGUCGCGAGGGUGGAAAAGAUUGAGGCCGAUCAUCGGAACAACGUUAAGGUUCGUGUGCGGUGGUAUUACCGGCCGGAGGAGUCGAUGGGAGGGCGGAGGCAGUUCCACGGAGCGAAGGAACUGUUCCUUUCCGACCAUUACGACGUGCAGAGCGCCCACACGAUAGAGGGGAAGUGCAUUGUUCACUCCUUCAAGAAUUACACGAAGCUUGAGAAUGUGGGUGCCGAGGAUUACUUCUGCCGGUUUGAGUACAAAGCUGCCACCGGCGGUUUCACUCCUGACAGGGUUGCUGUGUACUGUAAAUGUGAAAUGCCUUACAACCCUGACGACCUCAUGGUUCAGUGCGAAGGAUGCAAAGACUGGUUUCAUCCAUCUUGCAUGGGUAUGACUAUAGAACAAGCAAAAAAGUUAGAUCACUUUUUAUGUUCUGACUGCUCCUCUGAAGAUGAAGAGAAGAAGCCAAACAAUGUAUAUCCUGUUUCACCUUUAGCUGAACACAAGGGCACUAUGAUUAUCCAUUCUUCAGCACAUUCAUGUAUGCCAUUGCAAUUUCAUGGCUACUGCCACGUCUUUCCUGUUACCACCGUGCCUUAUUUUCUAUUUUCAUCCCAAUAAAAGGUGAUUAAAGUUAAAAUUUGAAUUUGCUGCUUCUGUGUUGUUUCCCGUCUCUUUCUUCUUUCUUUAACAUGUUAGGUCCUCAAAGCUGGUUAUCUUUUUAAAUGAUGCAGUAGCAGAGGGUAAACAUAGCAACUUGUGUUUUUUAUGGUUGAUCAAAAUCAGAACUAAAUUCAGUAGUGUAUUGGUUUUUACGUUAGUGUUUCUCUUCCUCGUAUGUUUUAAUUUGGAAUCUGCUUCGAGUUAUAGUGGGGUUGAUGUGAUGAUCAUAUGAACUCUUGAACUUCAGUUACAUAGCAGCUCCUCAAAGUUUUCAGUACAAGUGAUCAGCAGUAUUCGCGCUUCUAGGGUUCUAUUCAUUUCAAAUAUUUGGGAUGAGGAACCUAGAUAAAAUAUGUGCCUUCGAACUCAAAAGCUCUCUGGCUAUGUUUUUUCUUUUCAACCAAGUUUUCUGAUAAAGUAGGCUUCAGAAGCUAGGAACAGUUCUUAGUUGUGGAUCUUCUUUACUGAGGCCUAUUUUGUCAAAACAAAAUGUUUUAUGUUUCUUGUGAAGAAGAAAAUGAUAUGUACCUCUUAGGAUUUAAGGUGUAUGGAGCAAUGCUGGUAUUGUCAUUGGAUUCAAUAUGGUUGUGAUUAAUCAUCGUGACGAGUUUAAGGCAGCAAAUUUCUUAAGAGAUUUUGGGUGUCUGCAAAAUCCUUGAAAAAGUAAAUUUUAAAAAUUUUGCAAAUAUUUGUUUGAAGGUAGCCUUAUUUUCUUAUCAAGGAGUUUUCAGCAAUUUAUGAUGACAUGAGACAUGUUCACAAGUUUCACCUUAAAAUUGUAGUGAGGUGCCAUAUUGCCCUUUCUGUCUGUUCUUCUUAGCAAGAAGGCAGUGAUAUUUUUGAGGGGUAUCAGAUUUGUGAGUCUCAUCAUUUACGUAUCUCAUACAGGCAAAGCACUCGGUUUUCUAUUUACAGAAGAAAAUGUCCUUGAUUAUGGGCCAUGUCCAAAUGGUGCACAACUUGUGCAACCAUUGUUUUGUUGGUUAAUUUAUCCUUUAGCUUUUUUGAAUGCGACUUCCGCCAAAAUUUCACGAAAGUUCUUUAAUGAC